CUCUGUGUAAGUACAGCAAAGUGGAUUGGUAAGCAAUUCAAAACCACAAAGUCCAUACAUUGCAGCACUUCAAUGGAUCUCUAUUAAUUUUGUAAUUGCAGCAAAGAAGGCAGUUUCGUUGCUAUCUACAAUGGUUGGUGGUUCAGGUAUAAAUCAGUAUAGUUUAAAGAAUACAUGUAGGUUGGUCCAUGCGAACGUCGAUGACUCGAUAGACAUAGAUAUACACUGGCACAGGCCAUUCCAUUUAAUUUGAUUGAGAGCCAUGAUCUAUAAAGCCAGGUGCACACAAUGUGAUUUUAAUCAGCCGACCCUAUUCCACCAUUAAAUCUUUGCGUGGGGGUGGCACUUUUAUUUUUAAGUGAUUUUGGUUGGCUGAUUUUAAUCAUACAAGAUCAAUUAUUACUGGCAAAUUUGUUCCACGUUCAUGCAGUGCAUUCCAAUUUUUGUGGUUAGCCUGCGCAUGCGCAGCUAACCACUAUGUUAUAAACCAUAAAAAAGUUUAAUGUGAUAGUUUUUAGUCUGCGCAUGUGUGAAAUAUUGUAGUUAAUUAAACGCAUACAAAAGAACCGUUGGUUUAUGAAAUUUUGUAGUUAAAGGCAUACGAAAGAGCCGUUGGUUUAUGGAAUUUUGUAGUUAAUUUAAAGGCAUACGAAAGAGUCGUUGGUUUAUGAAAUUUUGUAGUUAAAGGCUCUGGCAUACUCUUUCACUUGCGCAUAAUUAAAGCAGAUCGAUGUGGACAUAUCAUAUCGUCGGUUUACUUUGGAGGUUCAUAUAUAUCUUUGGUUCAGUGCAUGCUACAGUAUGUGGAUGAAAAUACCACCGUUCAAUUCAGUGAAACAAUUCCUUUGGAUGGUUUUAGUAAAAUGUCAACAUGAACAAUACAUUAUACCAUAUUUCACACAAUUUUCCCGAACAAUGUAAACAAUGUCAAUGUAUUACCAACUAAGGCAUAAGUGCAUAACCUUUCGCCGAACAGAACUUUGGUCCCUUUCAACAUAUCUUUUUCGUAAUAGUCUUGUUCAAAUCAGAAUCCAAAACACUAAUGAGAGUGUUAUUGUCAAGCUUGUAUUUACAGAUUUGCAUCUUUUAUUUCGGUAUUUCAGAAUAUCUAAAUUUUUAGUGAGAGCUUUAACCGGAAAUACAAACUGAUUGUCGAAACAAUGCUGUCCUAGCACUCGGGAAACGUCGGAAACCGAUUCAAGUCACAUUACCCCCGUAGCAUGGCCGAAGUUAUAUGUUCAGUGAAAGGUGCGAUCUCGCUUGCCUUUUAGAAUUCAGAAGCAAUAAAUUGCUACAAUGUUGAUAAUGACUAAAGCUAUUGUAAGGAACUAUUUGAUUUUUUCACUUAAUCAAAUGGUGGUAUUAUUGUGUUCAUAGCAUGCACUAAACUCAAGAUAUGAACAUCUAAAGGUCCAGACACCCUGGAUGUGAUUUGACAACACGACGCGAUUUUUCGAUUUUCAAUGACUGAUAACUUUAAUCCUAAUUUAAAUUUUCCAAGUAUUUAGAAGCGUUAUAACAUUUUGCGUUAUUUGGUCUACAUGUCUUUUAAGAUUUGCUCUCAUUGGCUGUUGUAUUAACUUUCAAAAACUAAAAAAUCGCGUCACGUUGUCGAAUCGCACCCGGUGUGUCUGGACCUUAAAGGUUGGCAGCUUUUAGCGACCUACGAUGCUUGGGCAUGGGACCAGUGCUCUCACUUUUAAGGAAUUAUCCUUAAAAAUAGGAAUUUUGAAGAGUUUUAAGGAUUUUUUUAAGGAAUUUAGGUUUUUGAGGAUUUUUUUAAGGAAUUUCCAAAACAUUUUAUCCUGGACUAAAAACGCUUGGACGGAGAAUAACCACGCCACGCAAAUGAGAUUUAAACUUGAAAGUAGCAACAUUAUAUGCACAUAAUUACAUAUAUUCGUAUGUUCUCUAUGUCGUAAAUGUACAUAUGGCUGUCUUCCAUUAAAAUUCUCAAAAGUUAAAUGUCAGUGUAUGCUGUUUCUUCUGAAAUCUGCAGAUUUUCUAAGUUCUCAGGGCCCUAAUGACCGGGGGAGGGGAGAGGGUGCAACACCCCUAAUAUUGCUCAUGAACAAUUUCAGGUAGAUAUCCUGUAGAUUUUCAGGUAAAUUCAGGUAAUUCAGUCAGGGCAUAAAAAAGUGAACUCUCUAAUCUGAAUUGGAGUUAACAAUCAAACAAACUAAAGACGUUGAGACGUGUUGUGGCAGGGAGACAAUUGCGAAAUACCCUUUCUGACGAUCUGGAGACUCCAAAUUUCCAAAAUUUUCUCAAUUUCCCAUUAUAAACUGAAAGCAGCAAUACUUAUCUUCAUUGUCAGGCAAUACUAAAAUAUUGGGUAGGAAAGACUCUAAAAAUGCCAUUUCCGACGGUCUAGAAACUUCAAAUUUUCAAAAAAUACGGUUUUAAAGAACGUUCAGUUCGAAAAAUUCAGGUAAAUCAGGUGGAAAAAAAACACUUUUUGCAACUCUGUGAUCAGGCCUUGUAGUAAUUUUAUCAAUUUAAGGAAUUUUAAGGAAAUCUGAGGAAUUUUCGAGCUUUUUCUAAGGAAUUCGAAAAUUUGAUUGUGAGAGCACUGCAUGGGACUGACCGAGAAAAGGUUUUAAAAUUUUAUUUUAGCUGUUUACAACGAAAUAGUAGAGUUAAUUUAAUAUUUUCUAGUUUGUUUUUAAAAAGGUUUCUGUAUUAUGGCUAUGUUAUAUGGUAUUUGGCUUCAUAUGACAAAGAAUGAAGAAUAAAAAUUUUAUGGUUCAAUGGUUGAAAAAUCAACCAAGAUAUUUCGUUCAUUAUAUUGAACGAAAUCAGCUAUAUGACGCUAUAACAAUUAACAAUUGCCAAUCCUAUAGGCUAACCACAUGUACGCAAUGCGUACCUACUUUUAUCAGUUAUAUAUCCACCAAAGAGUAAGUUAGAGUAAAAUACUAAAGUAGGGUGAAUCGUAGCUUAAUGGGUUAAACUGUUAAGUGUUAACCAAACUGAAUCAAUGUGAUCUUUAGGAGCUGACAUACAACAUAAUUAUAUGGUACAGUAUAUAUUGUUAUUUGCUUAUAGUCAGUGGAAGGACGUUCAAGCCAGAUCCUUCAUCAUAUGAAGCCACAGGUAUCCCAUGGUAAGUAUCUCAGUCAGUUAAAGACAAUCAGGGCAUGAACUUACUGUUUGUUGUAUGGGGGUCCAUUAUAUACCUGGUAUCCAUUAGUUUUGGUUCCGACAAUUUAUCAACUCCAGAAAAAAGAGAAAUAUUAAGACAAACACUUGUCUAGCACUCGCAUAACUGUAGAUUCUGGUGGUCGAAUUUGCAGCAAAUUUUCAGGUUUUCAACCUGAUUAACCCCUCAUGCAGGAUUUUCUCAAAAAUAUUUUGUUUAUCUAGAGUAUCAAAAUAUUGUCUUAGCUUCAUGUUGCACUGCGUUUCGAUUCAUUUCGAUUCUCUAAUGGUAAUUUCCAAUGUAACAUUACAUGUUACUAUACAACCAAAGUUUGUUAAAACCAUUUAUAAAUGGCAUGCUUCACAUUAUUUCAUCACGGCAACGGUUUGCUUCACUCCUACCAUCAACAUGCUACGGUUUGCACAAGAGAUUAAACAUUUGAUUUUCAAUCUGGCGUGAAAAGGUGGAUUCAGGUUGAGAGUUUGUAUAUGCAGUAAUGCAGCACAUAUCAAUGCUCAAUGUGUAUAAUUUUUGAAGUGUGUAUUUUCACAACAAUCAGUUUUACAAAAUCAGAAAAUACAGAUAAUUUUACCGAUCCAGUUAUCUACCGAUAUAAGGUAUUAAAUCGACCCAUGUAGUGCGGGCGGGAGAAGAGAGGGCGACAAUACCGAUUAUCGGUAAAUUACAUAGAGAAUAAUACAUGCAUGGGUGCUUGGAAAUACCAGAUUUAUUUCGAGUGUUGAACAUGAUAUCUCUAUAGUGAGAUAUCAUGUUCAACACAAGAAAUAAAUCUGGUAUUUCCAAGCACCCAUGUAUUUUUCUGUUUAUUAUAUAAAGGACAGUCUUUGAAAAGCGAUAAUUUGUACAGAAAACCGAUAUUUGAAAAGUGAUCAUUUUCACAUGUGAGAUUAUCAUGAAUAAUCUCACAUGUGAGAUUAUCACUUUUAUCAGUGCUCGAAAUCUCUAUAAAGCACUAUACUUUAUAUAAUAAUGUGUAAUAAAGUAUAUUUACUCAUCAAGAUUAUCAUAUAGUUACUCAUCGAGAUAUCAGAGUUUGUACUUAUAAUCACAAAGUUUAUUACCUCUGACAUCUAACCUCAAACUGCAGUUUGAGGUUUGAACAUGGCCAGAAGUCAUUGACAUGAUUUAUUCUACUGAUUUGUAUAUCACGUUGAAAUAUGACUUUAAUUAACAGUAAAAAAGUAAAUUAUAUUAUGCAAUGUUUGAAAUCAUUGCUGUAGUUGCAGAACGAAGUAUUUGGUUUAAUAUUGGCUUGGUUUAAGUUACUGCCAUCAUUUUUGUAUAUAAGGUUAGUUUGUACUAUCUAUAUUUAAUUGUCCAUAUAAAAAUGCUUAAUGGGGAAUAAACAAAAAAAAAAUGCAGGAUGAGUUGCAGUUACCAUAUGAGUCAUGAUUUAGGAACAGUUACUAUUUUUAGACUUUUAGGAUUAGGGUUUGGAUCAGGGAAAGGGUUUAAGGAUUAAGAUUAGGGUUGGGAUUAGGAUUAGAGUAAGGAUUAGGUUUAGGGUUAGGAUUAGUAAGGUUUAAAGUUAGGAUUUAAGGGUUAAGUUUAAAAUACAAAAGAAUUAAUUUACAAAAUUACAAAAGUCUAAAAAAUAAUAACUCUUCCUAAAACGUGACAGGUAUAGCAGUUACUCAAACCAUGCAGGCCAAUAUUACACUAAAUACUUCGACUUUGUUUCACAACAGCAAUGUGUGCAUGUGGCAAACAUCGCGUAAUAUAAUUUACUGUUUAUUGUUGAAGCCAUAUUUCAAUGUGAUAUGAUGUAUCAUUCAGCAAAUUAGUGAGGAAGUGGAAUUGGAGAAAAGCAUGCACAAGUUAGUUUUUCAAAGCCGAUCCAAACUUUGUUGAGAAAUCCUUAAAAUAUAAAAUUUUUGGGAAUACAUACUACUGUAUUUUUCAUGUGAAUUAUUAGUGGAAAUCCACGCCGAUAUCAAAAUCGUUCAGUUAUGCGUAUGGUGCCGAACACAGAAGUUCCAUAUGAAAACCAACAACUUGGUUUACCUGGUAAGGGGACGAGGUCGGAGGCUGAGGAUCAUUUGGAAGAAAUGCUGAAGACACAGCUCGAUACAAACGUUACCUUUCACGGGUGAGAUUUCCUUUUGUGCAAGACGUGAGAUGAAUAGUUGUUCAGUUAGUUCAGUUUCUUUGGUGCAAGAGUUUUUGGAAAAGCUUUCGAUUUGUAAGCCGGACCGUCAUCAGUGCAAAUAAUUUACAAUACAUAUAUGUUAUUUACUGGCUGCAGGGAGGUCCGAAUACUGAAAACAAAUUCCUGAGGUCUCAGAAGCGGACCGAAGGCGGAAGGACGCUUCUGAAGCCGAGGAAAAAUAUUUUUUGUAUAUACGGACUGACCCAAAAGGUAAAUAAUAUGUUCAUUAUUUUUCUAUGAUGUUUCACCAAGCAUGGCUAACAAACUGCUGAAACGAGGCGAUAAGCCCAGGAAUCAUGCUUAAACCCCGAAGCAUUAUAAAUAUUUCACCUUGCAAUCAUACAGUAGGCCCUACAUGCCAGGUUAUUAAGCUAGGUAUGGGAUGAGUUAACGCUCACACCGCGUUUUUGUUCGAAACAUAUACGUUCUUACCAUAGACAGCCAAGGAAGGUUAAGGAAGCUUGAGGAAGGAUAAGGAAGGUUGAAGAAAGCUAAAGAAGGUUGAUGAAGGCUAAGAAAGGUUGAUAAAGGCUAAGGAAAGCCAAUGAAGGCUAUACGGAAGGUUGAGGAAUGCUAAGGAAGGCCAGGGAAAGCUAAGGAAGGCUAAGGAAGGUUGAGGAAAGCUAGGGAAGACUAAAGAAGACUAAGCCUAAGCCUAACCCAGGGUAAGGAAGUUGAUGAGAUAUAUAUCCAGUAAUGGUUUGGAUAUUUCGGUUGUUCGUACAUCGAGAAAGUAGGCCGGGAACUUAACACUUUCAAGCACACUGAGUUCAAAUCCGAAACGUUCCCGCUCCGCGUAUAGACCCACUAAUUUCACGACAAAUUUUUUCAUUGCUCAACGACGCGGAUCGAUAACGACAAACGAUUAUGUCACUCAAAAGGACUAAUUUCUACUAACCAGUCUUCCUUUUAACAAAAGACCGUUUUACUCGAAUCAUUUUGAGUUAUGUGUAGUUAAACAUGGACAUACAGGGUCGGAAGUAAUUAAUAUGCAGAUGACGUCAGCAACUAUUUGUCGCAUAACAUCGCGCGACAUGUGCAAUAACAUUUAUCGCGCGACAUGAAUUGUCGCACGACAUGUGUCGCGCGGCAUGAAUUGUCGCAUACGCCAGAAGUGGUUAGUUUGCAGAGUGAAAGUGACGUCAUUUUAUCUGGCGAUGACUUUGUCCGGUACGUAGACCUUUUAGGGACGUAAAAUCCUCCGAGACGGUUUUGAUCCGUCGACCUAGGGAUAUCGUGCGUAUUACUCUGCAGUCCCUCGCUCUACCAACUGAGCUAUCUGAGGUGUACAGUUUUUUUUUUGUUUGACAAAUAUAUUUACUCGGCCGUUUGUUUCUAUAUCGUGCACUAUUCAAAAGGGGGAAAAAGGGGUAUGGCCAGCCUAGUCCCAGUCGUUCUGAAGCAAGCGCGAGAAAAAAACGUGGAUGUAGUACGAGACUGGGACCUAGGUGUGACGUCACCGCUAAAGGUGCUUCAGAACGCCUAGCAGAUUUCAGUAUUUUUAAUGGCGGAAAAUUUAUAUAUACAAUGUAAAUACGACAAUGUUCGUUGAUCAUGUUCGAUGUCUACAUAACCAAAUUCAAACUGUAUUAUAAAUGUGCUCAAUUAAAAAAAUUAUAUACAAAUUUACGAUACUGAGUCUGAGCAAUGGCCGCAUAAUCGUUGAUGUUAUUUAUAUACUCGCAAGUUGUGAUCAACACUAGACCAUACUGGUAUACACAACUAUGCUUUCUACUUGACAGGUUUAAGUAGCUGAGGAGAUUGGAAAUAUUUGCCUGACAUGACUGUGUUGUCAAAACAUUUUUAGUCGGAGACUCGGCAUAAUUCUCAAGCUUCUAGAUAGCAUUUAAUAUGGCAUUAUAUUUUAGUAAACCGAGUCAUAUUUAACCGAAAGCGAAACGUAGCCUAUUUCAUUUAGCGAAACGUAGCCUAUUUCAUUGUUUCGAAAGCAUUAGAGCAAAACUAAUGACUUAAUUAUAAACGCAAAGGAAAUUUCCAUAACAUUUUCUAUUUACAAAUGCGGUAUGCUUGGUAACCAGGCCAGGGACCACUUUUUUGAAAUCAGGAGCCAUUUUACCGAAAUCUGCUAGGCUCUCUCGCUGAAGCGUUCGGCACAGCACACCCAGGCAUAAAACUUGACUUAUUUAAAUAUAUCAAAACAGUGAAUAAAGAGAAAGCCUGGGACUAGGCUGGGGGUAUGGCGAAAUCGUACUGAUUUUAGAGCGAAAUAUUGUUGCUAGGAUACUGUUUUGCUUGCACAAAUUAGGAUUGAGUACGCAUUUUUCGCAUUUUGCUCAUGCGUCUUCGCAUUAAGGCCCGAUUAGGCCCGAUAGAACUCAAUGGGUUAAUCAGAAUCUGCCCAUGCACUAUGUUAACCCUUUACGUGGCAAUGUACUUUAUUAUUUUAUCCUGUCUAACGCCAGGGGGAGAGUGCUGCCACUCAAUGGGUUAACAGACACGGAUUAACGUUUUGUACAAUUUAUUUGUGUUUAAAAAGUCGAUGUGAGGUCGAUGUAGGGUCCAUGUGAGGUCGAUGUAAGGUCAAGGUGAGGUGAGGUCGAUGUAGGGUCGAUGAGAGGUCGAUGUAGGGUCGAUGAGAAAGAACAGAUGCACGAAUUGUCUUCUCCUGAUUUUUGGUUUAUUUCAAAGGCCAAAAAGGCCACCGGAAUAUGGCAGUAAAUGCGAGAAAUGCGCAUGCGUACUCUCUCAAUGGCGAUCAAACUAGUUCACCUGUAUGGUCCCACAAGCAAACCAUGUAUAUAUCGAUUAUAUAAGUAGCCACUCUUAGCUCUCUUUUUCAUUUCUUGAGAGCGAAUAAGUGGACUAUGGUUUCUAACCAGUGUGAUCGAUGUCUGAAACGGUUUUCGUCCUAUUAUAAUGUCAGGCGGCAUAAGGCGAACCAUUGCGCAUACGCAAACAUUGACGAUAAUGGCUCGAUGGAAGAAGAAAGAGGAAGUAGCUACUCAGAUGAACAAAGUGUGGACUCAAAAUGCGAAGCAAAAUGCGAAUGCGUUUUCGCAUUUUGCUUCGCAUUCUUCGCAUUUUGCUUCGCAUUCUUCGCAUUAAGGCCCAAUUAGGCCUGAUAGAAGGUAUGGCUUAAUUCUAACGUGCAUUUUUCUACAAGGACUUAUUGUUGCACAAUACAGUUUUGAUAAAUAUUUAUUUCACAUAUGCAUUACAUCGAUUCAUUGAUCCUCAUCACUACCUGAAAAACGUCCUUGAUCUUCUAAAAGCUGUUUCAACAGAAACUUUCUUUUAUCAACCGCUGCAGAUAAAGCUUCAUCAGGAUCAAACGAGUCUUCGUUCACAAAUGUCUCCUUCGUUUUCAUAAUCUUUCUAUGCACGGGAUCCUUUUUAAGUGCUUUCAUCCAUCGUAAAUUAUCCACGUAAACGUCAGCGAAUUCUUUCUGAAGUUCAGGGAGAAUGUUUUCAAAGGCUUCCUGCUUAGCUGCACUUUCUUCUCGCCCAUCCAUUUGCAACGUUUUCAUGAAUUCAUCAUACUCUGGUCGAACCGUCGCUUUUGCAUCGUCAAUCAUGGUUGUCCAAGGAUCAAUCUCUUCCUUUAUUUCACCAUCAUCUUCGGAAUUCUCACUGUUUUCAUCUUCCUCAGUUUCCGUAACACUUUCUUCGUCUGGAAAAGAGUGCACACCAUAGAUUAAGAAAUGAAUAGAUGGCUCACUCCUUUGAUGUUUUUGACGCUGCCGGCACCCACGCAUGUUCUUGCCAGAGUAGUGGCGGCCUAGCAAGUAACUGUAGUAAAAUGCUUUGUGAAAUUGACAUCGGUACUACUAAAUCCUGUAUUUUUAUAAUUCUGAUUUAUUUUUCCUUUCAAACCCCCGAAAACGGAAAAAUACAGGAUUUAGUAGCACGGAUGUCAAUCUCACAAUACAUUUUAUUAUAGUUCUUGCUAGGCCGCCAUUACUCUGGCAAGAACAUGCGUGGGUGCCGGCAGCGUCAAAAACAUCAAACGAGUGAGCCAUCUAUUCAUUCUUAAUCUAUGUCCACACUUUGUUCAUCUGAGUACCUAUUUCUUCUUCCAUCGAGCCGUUAUCGUCAAUGUUUGCGUAUGCGCAAUGGUUCGCCUUAUGCCGCCUGACAUUAAUAACGAAAACCGUUUCAGACAUCGAUCACACUGGUUAGAAACCAUAAAGAGAGCAAAGAGUGGCUACUUAUAUAAUCGAUAUAUGCAUGGUUUGCUUGUGAGACCAUACAGGUGAACUAGUUUGAUCGCCAUUGAGAGAGUAUACGCAUGCGCAUUUCUCGCAUUUACUCUGGUUUUAUCAUCAAAGAUUAACAGUCAGCUGGGCUGACAUAUUCCGGUGGCCUUUUUGGCCUUUGAUAUAAACCAAAAAUCAGGAGAAGACAAUUCGUGCAUCUGUUCUUUCUCAUCGACCCUACAUCGACCUCUCAUCGACCCUACAUCGACCUCACCUCACCUUGACCCUACAUCGACCUCACAUGGACCCUACAUCGACCUCACAUCGACUUUUUAAACACAAAUAAAUUGUACAAAACGUUAAUCCGUGUCUGUUAACCCAUUGAGUGGCAGCACUCUCCCCCUGGCGUUAGACAGGAUAAAAUAAUAAAGUACAUUGCCACGUAAAGGGUUAACAUAGUGCAUGGGCAGAUUCUGAUUAACCCAUUGAGUUCUAUCGGGCCUAAUCGGGCCUUAAUGCGAAGACGCAUGAGCAAAAUGCGAAAAAUGCGUACUCAAUCCUAAUUUGUGCAAGCAAAACAGUAUCCUAGCAACAAUAUUUCGCUCUAAAAUCAGUACGAUUUCGCCAUACCCCCUUUUCGCCCUUUUGAACAGUGCACGAUAUAGAAACAAACGGCCGAGUAAAUAUAUUUGUCAAACAAAACAAAUACUUUAACAAAAAAACUGUACACCUCAGAUAGCUCAGUUGGUAGAGCGAGGGACUGCAGAGUAAUACGCGCACGAUAUGCCUAGGUCGACGGAUCAAACCCUAUAGAAAACAGAAUAGAAAACAAAUUGUAAAAUAUAAUGGGAUACAGUCUGACGAAAUGACUAUCAAAAGUGGGGUUCCUCAGGGGUCAGUAUUAGGUCCUUUAUUAUUUCUUUUAUAUAUAAAUUAUAUACAAAGUUGCAGUGAACUAAUUUCAAUUAUAUUAUUCGCGGAUGACACAAAUAUACUUUAUAGUCACUCUUGUCUUAAAACUUUAAAUGAAAUUAUUCAAAUUGAAAUUAACAAAAUUUCUGACUGGCUAAGUGUCAACAAACUUUCUAUCAAUAUUACAAAAACCAAAUUUGUUCUUUUUAGAUCAAAAAAUAAAAAAUCUAAACACAAUGUUAAAAUUUCUUUAAAUAAUGAGGCCAUAAAACAAGCCAAGAGUAUCACAUUUUUGGGAAUUGUUAUUGAUGAAUUUUUAACAUGGUGUUAUCAUCUAGAUUUAAUAGCAAAGAAAAUGAUCAGAUGUGCAGCUAUUAUUUCCAGAAUUCGGCAUUUUACAAACUUAAAUUCUCUAAAACUCAUUUACUACGCAUUGGUCUAUCCAUAUCUAAUCUAUGGUAACCUCAUCUGGGGUAAUACGUACAAAUCUCGUAUUUCAAAGUUAAUGAACAUUCAAAAAAAAAUUGUAAGAUUAAUGACUUUUAAGAAUUAUACUAACCACACUUGCAAAUACUUAACAUAUAUAAAAUAAAUUAUUAUUUAACAAGUAUUUUUAUGUUCAGACAUUUCAAUCUUCAAAAUUUACCAGAAACAUUCACAAAUUAUUUUUCUACCAAUAAGGAAAUCCAUAACUACAAUACACGAAACUCAUCAUUAUUACACAAAAAGUGUGGCAGAACAAAUUAUACAAAACAUAUACUCUAACUAAUAAGGGAAUUGAUAUAUGGAAUAAUCUUCCUUCGAAAUAUAAAGAAAAUAGAUCGUAUGGGUCUUUCAAGAAAACAAUGAAAAAUUUCUAUCUGCAUUUAAAAACAACAAAUUAACAUCAUUUUUACUAGCUGUAAAUUAACUAUUUGUAUAUAUACUAUAUUAUUCUUUGUUAACAUACUUACUUUUCUCCAUUUCUAUUGUAAAAUUUUAAACAUAGCUUAUCAUUAUAUCUUAGUAGCCUACUUGUUACUAUUCUCCUUUUUUUCCCUAUCCUUACUACAAUGAAAAACACUCGAACUGGCACCUUAUAUAUGUUAUAGUUAUUUAAUUUGAAUUUGUAUCUAGGGACCUUAAAAAAAGCCUUAUGGUUUCUAGUAGGUUCCUAGCCCUAAAAAAUUUGUAAAUAAUGUAUGUUGUUAAAUGUUAAAUUUUGGGCGAAAAUUUAAAAAACAAACAAAAAAACAAACAAAAAAAACGUCUUUGGAGGAUUUUAUGUCCCUAAAAGGUCUACGUACCGGACAAAGUCAUCGCCAGAUAAAAUGACGUCAUUUUCACUCUGCAUACUAACCAAUUUUGGCGUGUGCGACAAUUCAUGCCGCGCGACACAUGUCGUGCGACAAUUCAUGUCGCGCGAAAAAUGUUGUGCAAUAAUUCAUGUCGCGCGAUAUUAUGCGACAAAUAGUUGCUGACGGACGUCAUCUGCAUACUAAUUACUGCAUACUAAUUAAUGUGAGAAAACUGCGGGUCUUAUGAGCGGGAACUUUUCGGAUUUGAACUCAGCGUGUAAUUCGAAAGUGUUAAUUCCCGUAAAAAUAUUUCAGUUUCAAGACAUGCGAAAUGAAAAUCGUUUUCUAGGCACUUUUCGAGGUCACAGUAAACGGCCUAAUGGGCCCUUUCAAGGCCCCGUUUAAUACACUGUCCUGGAUUCGCUGGUCACGACAUCUUUUUUUGCUGCCCAGGAGCAACGUUUAACAACAAAGGUUUACUCUUUCGAUAACGUCAGCAUGUUUCUGCUUCUUACUACCAUUACAAAUGUUUAGGCUAUUUCAUUGACUGUUAAAACUGAUGUCGUGACCAGCGAAUCCGCGGUACAGUGUAAACGGGGAUUAAGUGUAAACGUGUGGCGGAACACAAUAAAAUUUCCUUUGAUGGUAACGUCUGUUCAUUAUUGCGCUGGAUUACCGAUAAUAAAUUGUCCCUUCGAUGGUACGCCUGUUCGGUAUUUCGUUUAUUUUUGAGAUAUUUAUAUCUCAACAAAAAUGUGUGUUUUUCAGAGCUUCGAAAAAGCGAAAAGUGUUCUCAGAACCUAUUUUAUACGAAGCUUCUCAAGAGGAAGCAAGUGGUGUUAUGACUUUGAGUGACUACAGUAAAUUUGACAUCUAUCAACAAAAAGAAACAGAACUUACUCAGCUAGGUUUGACUCAGGAUGAAGUUGAAUUGAAGAUGGUAGACUGUGGUCUGUUGAGCAAGGUAUGUAAAUAAACGUG